AUGGCUGAUGUCAGAUCUCUGCUCCGCCAGCAGCGAGCCGCGCGACGCAUCGAGCACCCAUUUGCUGCCUACUCCGACGCCGGCAAGCUCCUGUGCACCCUGUGCCGGCAGUAUCUCAAGACCGAGUCCCUAUGGGACACCCAUCUGCUGUCCCAGGGCCACAGGCAGAGCCUGCAGCAGAGGAGGGCCACCGGCGCCCUGGAGGCAGCCACGCCGCCCGGUCAGGGCACCGAGGGCGGCCUAGCCAGCGGUCUCUGUAAGCGGAAACGCGACUCGGUCGCGGGACAGCAGGAAGAAGAGGACGCCGAGGCGCGCGACGCGACCCGCCCCAAACGCGGCAGGACCGAAGCCGCCGCGCCCGGUGCCGAGAGCCCGUUCGCCAGGGACGCGCCCAGGAGCGACACCGCAACCCCCACGCUGGACCGGCUCCCGAGCGUCGGCAGCAACGACAGCAAGGAGAGCACCCAGACACCGCCGGGGCUCGCUCGCAGGACGUCCUCGGCCACGCCCUCGCACGGCGUCGAGCUGCAGAUACCCUCGCGGCCCGCCACCCCCGCCCACAGGGACAGCGUGGCAUCCGCCCCGGGGGGGUACUUUGCCGUGCAGCCUCCUCCAGCCGGAGGGUCCGCCACGCCUGCAUCGCGGCAGCCAACGCCGAGCAGCUCGGGCGCAGCUCCCGCGGCGGCGGCCCGCCCACCGCUCGCCGAUGGCAAACCGGCGCCGCCAGCCGGCGCGGCCGCCGCAGGCGCCGUGGACGAAUCCGAGUGGGCCGCCUUUGAAGCCGACAUUGCCGCCGCGACGGCCCCCCUGGACGAAGGCGCCGUCAUUUCGGCUCCCGCCAUGACCAAGGAGGACGUGGCGGCCAAGGAGGCCAAGGAGGCAGAGGAGGCCUCGCGCGGCGAGCGGAAAGCCCAGGCCGACGUGGACAUUGAAGACGAAAGGGAAGAGGCGAAGCGAGCGCUGGAGGACGAGUUUGACGAGAUGCGCAGCCUGCAAGAACGGGUCCACAGGCUCAAGGAAUCGAGGGCAACCAUGUUGAAGAGGAGGAGCCAGAGUCAAGGCCAGGAAACGGGCCCUGCAAGAGCGCCCGGGUGCAACGGGCCUCGGAACGGCGUCUCGGAAGCAGCGAUUGCGGGCGGCAAACGAUCCGACGACGACGACGACGACAACGGCGACGACGGCGACGAGGAUGAAGAGGAUGACUGGGCCUCGUUCAGGUUCCGCAGGGGGUGA